UUGUUAAUAUUUUUUUGUUUUUUCCCCCAGCAAUCCCCCCAGGCUGCCCGAGAGAAAAAGGAAAGGGACUCCUAAGAAGAGGCUGCAAUCUGCCCCUGCCGGCCGCCCGGGCCCUGGUUGCAGGCUGACUGGCUGGCUGAGGACAUGCAGCUACAAGGCCCGCCACGCAAAGGCGAGGAGACGUGGAUGCCGCGCUAUAAAUAUGCCACGCAGGCAAAGCGCAACAGGCGACUUCUCCUAGCUCGAGAUGCGGGCGAACUCCAGGGCGAGGGGGCUCCGCGUGGCGCUCCUCUUGUCGCCUCUGUAGGUUAAGGAGGCCCGGAGGCGGCGGGAAAAAAAAAAGGCUUUUUGCAGAGGCGAGACAAACUUUCUGCGAAAUGAAUAAAUUCCGGAAGGUUUGCCGAGGCAGCGGGAGAGCCCUGGCUUUGAUCUUCGCAGCUUCGGUGGUUUGGCUGCUCUUUGACAUGGCAGCCCUCAAGUUGUCCUUCGGCGAGAGCGGCACCAAAGUGCUGCAAGGGGAGACGGGCGGGAAGCAAAAGGGGCCCGGGCGAGUUUGGCGCAACUCCGAGGACGGCGCGGGGAGGUGGUCCCGAGAGGAACCCGAAGCUUCCCCGCCGUUCGCGGGACAAGACGAGAAGAAGCUUUCUAGGAACAGCGAAGAUGCUGGCCGGGACGCCGAAGGGAGAGGGGGGCAGCGCUUAUCCCCCGGCGCGACCCCGGCCAAAGCAGCGCCCGGGAAGAUACCCGGCCUGCGUGACAUAUUCCCGCUGAAAUGGCAGCGGCUGCCAGCUCAACCUUUCUCCCGCGCCCCCGAGAAGAAAGUCAACGGGGCGGCAGCCACCGGCGGCGACCCCCGGCAGACAAAGCUGGCUCUGGCCCGGCGGGAACAGGAGCCCCACUCAGUAGUGGCUGGAGGGCGAGCGCCUGUCAACCCAACUCUUCUAAAUGGAGUCCCUCAGAGGACCGCGGGAGAAGCAGAGGUGUUAGUGCACACAGAGUUCACAGAGACAGGGGCUUUGGCUGGGUUCAAACGUGGUGGCCCCCCUGGAAACAUGCCUGAGGAAUGGCAGGGCAGGCCUGGGCUUCCUAAAGCCAAUGGGCCUGAGGGGCUAGUAAGAACGGUAGAGGUGCCCGAGGUCAUGGAAAGGUGGGAUUUACCUGCGGGCAAGCUGAAUACCUCGACAUCGGAGAAGAAGGAAGUCUCCCUGAAUAAAAUUGCUCUGGGAGACCUGCCAAGCAGGAAGAAGGCAAAAAUACCUCCUGCAAAGGAUGCUCUAGCAGAAAACCAAAAGGUCUUUGUAACCAAGGAGCUGGUCCCUAUGUUUUUUCCAACAACUCAGCACCUCCAACCCAGCACCAAAGGACUUAAAUUGAUGGGAAAGUAUGUACAGCUGCCAGGUGAGAAAAACAGCAAUAAGGGGGAAACCAUCAAUGCAACCAGAAGAGAUGGCCUUAUUAAAACCAGGACUACGGAAGGGAUCCUUGCCAGAGGAGGAGCAUUGGGGAAGGUUGACAAAGGCCAUUUAGCAGGCGAAGAGCAAUUCCCCAAACCUAAUCAGAGUAACGUGGAUGUUGCAGAAAAUUCUAGGCUGCACAAAGUGUUCACCAUCGAUAGGACCCUGACCCCAAGAGACCCCAGAGCACCUGGUCAAUUUGGGCGCCCUGCCAAAGUCCCAGGUGAGAAGGAGGAAGAAGCCAAAAGGAGAUGGAAUGAAGGGAAUUUCAAUGUCUACCUCAGUGACUUAAUCCCAGUUGAUCGUGCCAUUGAUGACACAAGACCUGCUGGAUGUUCAAAUCUUCUUGUCCACAAUGAUCUUCCCACCACUAGCAUUAUAAUGUGCUUUGUCGAUGAAGUAUGGUCCACUCUCCUGCGUUCUGUCCAUAGUAUCCUCAACCGGUCCCCCCCUGAAUUGAUUAAAGAAGUUAUUUUGGUGGAUGAUUUUAGCACAAGAGCUUACCUGAAAGACAAAUUAGACAAAUACAUGGCACAGUUUCCAAAGGUCCAUAUCCUUCAUCUAAAAGAAAGACAUGGUUUAAUACGAGCAAGACUAGCUGGAGCAGAGAUUGCCAAAGGUGAUGUCCUGACCUUCUUAGAUUCUCAUGUGGAAUGCAACGUGGGGUGGUUGGAACCUCUACUGGACAGAAUUCAUUUAAAUAGAAAAAAAGUUGCUUGCCCUGUCAUUGAAGUGAUCAGUGACAAAGAUAUGAGUUACAUGACCGUGGAUAGUUUUCAGCGUGGUGUUUUUACAUGGCCAAUGAAUUUUGGGUGGAAGCCAAUUCCUUCAGAUGUCAUUAAAAAAAAUAAGAUUAAGGAAACCGAUAUAAUUAGAUGUCCUGUGAUGGCAGGUGGGCUGUUUUCUAUUGAUAAGAAGUAUUUUUUUGAGCUUGGAGCAUAUGAUCCUGGCCUUGAUGUUUGGGGAGGUGAAAAUAUGGAGAUCUCAUUCAAGGUUUGGAUGUGUGGAGGAGAAAUUGAGAUUAUCCCGUGUUCCCGAGUAGGUCAUAUUUUUAGGAAUGAUAACCCCUACUCCUUCCCUAAAGAUCGCCUCACUACAGUAGAGCGGAAUUUGGCCCGGGUAGCAGAAGUUUGGCUGGAUGAAUACACAGAUCUUUUCUAUGGACAUGGUUAUCACCUCAUUCAAAAAAACUUGGACAUUGGGGAUUUGACUCAACAGAAGAAACUGAGGGAGCAGCUUCAGUGCAAGAACUUCAAGUGGUAUUUGGAAAACGUGUAUCCUGAUUUAGAGGCCCCUCUCGUUAAAGCUAAUGGGCUGAUUAUUAAUGCAGCAUUGGAUAAGUGCAUCACUGUGAAUCAACUUAAUCUUACCUUUGAAACUUGUGAUAUUAAUAACAAGAACCAAAAGUUCAACUACACUUGGCUGAGGCUAAUCCAACAUGAGGACUCCUGCCUGGCACUUAUCGAUGCCGAAGGGACCCUGGGUCUGCACCCUUGCGAUAAACGAAACAAUAGCCAGAAAUGGUUGCAUAAAUCACUGGUAGCUUUUCACCCAGAACUCAUGGAUCACAUUGUUUUAGAGCACCUUUCAAGGGCCACGUGUUUGGAAAUAGACCGGUCUCAGAAAAUCCUGAGGGCUAACAUUUGUUUUUCAAGCAAUAUUCAUCAGAAAUGGCAAUUUGGAAAUUACUAUGCUGAGUGAAACCAUAGCCAAGCAAGCUACAUGUAGGAGCUGCUUAGUAUGCUGCUAAGUUCAAGAAUGACAACUCUAGAAAUGGGAAGUACAGAAUCAGCAACGUUUCUCAAAACCACAAUUUGAAAGUAGUGUAUGGGGAAAUCCAACAGAUGGAGAAAGAGCACAGAUGAUUUGACUGGUGUCAUUCCAGCCAGGCCUGUUACCUCAAAGGCAGGACAGAAAUCUGGCCUGAAAAAAAAAAAAAAGAGUUCAACAGAAAGGAAGUACUUUGAAUAUCUUUUUCCAUGACAAAAAGUAAACUUAACAACAGAACAUUAUGCUACAUUAUUAUGGGACCCAUUAUGAAUAUUUCAUUUCAUUAGUGUUCUCUCCUUCCCUGCCCUCCUCUCCCUUUCUUCCCCUCCCUCACUCCCUCCCUCCCUCUCCCUCUCUCAGAAAACUCUUUGGCAAACCUUGUAGUCUUAAAUCUCCAAAACCUUCAUUUCAAAAGCACGUACAGAAGGUUAAAAAUGUCUUCCAACUCCAGCAGAAAAGGUCUUAUUGCUGGCAUCUCCAAGAAAAUGUGGUGCAUUCUUCGCCUGAAAUCACUCAGCUGUAGAGACCAGAAGUAACUUUUUCCGAUGACCCUUAGAAUUACAGCCACUUCUUCAACCCCUUUCAGAUCAUCCAAGAUGGGAAGGAGAAAGAAGAGUCUCAUAGCUAUAUUGAAAACUGUAUUGCAGGCCUUAAAAAAUUUGAUAUUGCUUUGAAGUUUCUUUUUGGAUAACUUACAACUUUGGCUGGAUACCCUGUGUGUGUUUCCCUCUUGUGACAAGAAUUCGCGUUUCUUGUUUUAGAAACUGGACAUAAAUAUGUGAUCCCUUCAGAAGGAUGACAAACAUGUAUUCGGCAGGAGGAGGGGGCAAAUGAUAGGACCGAUGAAGUAGAGCUUAUAGAGAAUUAAUGGAAACAGCAUUCCUUCAGAACGUAAAGCAGCAUCAUAUAUGUUGGUGAUGUGAUUCAUCUCACUAGGCACAAAAAAUUAAAAGAACCACAUAAACUUGCAUCGGGUAGUUCCUCCCAGCAGUUCGUAUUGCUAUCAUAACGCACUCUAGGAUGGAAGAAUCAUCCAGGUAUUUACCAUUUGCUAGCCAAUUUGGAACUUGAGAGUAAUAAUCCUGACCGCAUGAAGAGCCAGGUGCUCGUGGUCUCCAAACACACACAGAUUUCAAGCAUUGCCACAUACACGCAACUCUGGGUCACAGAAACAUUUUUCAGAAGAUUGCUUGUUUUGUACUUUGGAACUGGCCACCUCAUCAGUUAAUAUUCUAUUAGAUUUUACUGAUUUUCACAAUCUACAAGAUCAUAGGACUGGGAUAUUCCUUACAUAAAAUUCAAAGUGAACACCUUUAAAAAGAUGCUGCUUAAGAAUGGACCUCAUUGGAUCUCUCCACUUUCAGCUCAAUCCCCUAAUCAGACGAUUAGCACUUAAGAAAAAAUAAUCUUGAGUGUUUCCAAAAAGCAAGGUCAAAUUUCACACAUACCCCACUGUCUUUAAAUAGUUUGUCAUCUUCUAAAAAGACAGAUACUUGUGUUUUUCAUACGUAACUUAGCCAAUAUGUGAAUUUACAUUUUUUUUAAUGUUGGGAGAAACACCAUGGAGCUAUCCACCUAUUAUCUGAAGUCACAUUGCCCAACAGUGUAAUGAAAUUAUUUAUAUACUAUGCAAUUGUACACCAUAAAUAUAUUUUUGUGCAUAGCACAAGGGGACUAAGCCCUGGCUUGCAGCCGCCUAUCCCUAGAUAUUUGUAUGUGAAAAGAAACUCCUAAUGAAGGACCUAGAGCCAGUUUGGUUUAGUGGUUAAGGUAUGAAGGUAAAAAGCAGGAGGCCAAGUCACAGCUAUGAAAGCCAGCUUGGGUGGUUUUGGUCCAAUUACUCACUGUCAGCCCAACUCACCUCACAAGAUGAUUGUAGGGGAAACAAGAAGAUAUGUUGGAUGUGCUCACCGCCUUAAGCUGUUUGUAAAAAAUAAUAAAAGGUGGGAUACAAAUAAAUAAAAUAUAGGCUUCCCCAAUAGGUGGAUGCCUGACAUUACAGCACAUGUGUACAGAGAAUGUGUGUUCCUCAGGAAUCGGGAGUCCUGGGGAACUCUGGUCCUGCGUCCCCACAUUCUCUUGGUUGGUUGUGGCUUGAGAGUGGUGCCCACUGUUAAAUGAGUCUGUUAUUUGACAGGACCAAAAUAUUUAACAAUAAUCUUCAAGGUAUUUAAGACCAAUGAACACUGGUAACUCUGGAAUUAAUUUGCUGAAACUGCUCAUCAGCAUAAGAAUUCUUAUGAUUGUGAAUUGCUCUGGAACAAAAGACUUAAAAUCCACAUCUUGUGUCUCAGAACGUUGUGCUGACAUUAUUUUUUGUAAUCUACAUUUUUGUAAUCUUAAGCUUAGAAGGCAGCCAAGCUUUCAUCAGCCAUCAUAUUUACAGUCGGUUACAAGAUUCUUUGGUGUCUAAGAGGGUCUCUGUAUAUAAUAUCACAUUAUGCUGACAAGGCUUGGCAAAGCAAAGUUGCCAAAAUAUUGAUUUGCCUAAGAGACAUCACAGUUUAAUCCCCAACUGUCUUUCUGAUUUCCUUUGCUUAUCAUUUAGCAUUGCUACCCUGUGGGCACUAUCAAAAAAAUUACACAGAUGUUGUCUGUGAGCUCAUGAUUUAUCAAAAACAUUAAUUUCAUUACAUAUUGUGUGCUGAUAUCCUAUCAUUCUUCAUUAAGCCAAUAUAGAGAAGCCAUACGUAAUAGUAACAUCGUAUUUCACAUCUGUCCCAGUGCAUUUUCACUCUUCAUUUUCCAAAAUGUCUGUUUCAAUAAUCGUUUUGUUUAGGCUUUAAAAAUAACUUUGUAUCCUCUUCAUAGAGGAUGGGGACCAGUGUGGGGACCAUAGCAGCAAUAAAAAGUGCAAUAUUAGAUCUAUUUUUUUUCUUGCAGGAAACAGGUAUCUUGGGCUCACAAAUCCAAAUAAAAAUUUGAAGUCCAGGAUAUAAGCAUGAGCACCUGUGACAUUCCCCUCACUCCAGAGCAGAAUAUAUGAUACAAUUAAUAUUUACAAGUUUUAAAAAUAUGGCACAAAUAUCCCUUUACAAUCAAUCGUGAUUUCUUAUUUUCAUUCUUUAACAAGCAGUCAUAUUAACAUAUUUCCCUGCAUUUUGCAGCCAUGUGUUGUCUUUUUUGCUUGCUGGUGAAAAUUACAGAAAUGCAUUCCAAAAACGAAUCGGGCUUCGAAAUUCGAUGCCAUGUUUUUGGAAAGAAUGCCAAAUACAGCAGCUGUCCCUGCCAACCAGUGUAGGAGAGGACAGAAAUUUUUCCCCCUCAUUCUCCAACCCCGAUUCUUGGAUUCUUAAUCUGGAAAUAAAGACAAAUA